CUUCCCUCAUCCACACGAGUGCUAAUCGAAAGCUGCGAACAUGGAUGCGGUAGAGGCAUCAGGUCGCGUGCACGAUGUCGCGACCAUGCUGCGCGCGCUCGUCGCCGCGCCAUAUCCCGAGCUAGCUUCACCGGAAGACAUGAAAAAGAGAGCCUCCGUGGCGCUCGUGAUUCGAAUCAAACCGUCUUACGCUCAUUGGCCUUCAUCCACGUCCAAAGCGAAUGAUCUCGAUUCAUUCUUCGAGCAGGAAUGGGUGCAACACGGCGAUCCCGAAGUCCUCUUCAUCAAGCGUGCAUCGCGGAAAGGCGACCGGUGGACUUCGCAUAUUGCUCUUCCGGGCGGAAAGCGGGAUCCUACAGAUGCCGAUGACCAGGCUGCUGCGAUUCGAGAGGCUCUUGAGGAAGUCGGUUUAGAUGUUCUUGAGCAUGGAAUUGAGUGUGGGAAUUUGCCUCAGAGGGUAGUGACGACUCAUUGGGGGAAGAAGCCAUUGCUCAUGCUGUGUCCAUACGUCUUCCUCUUGACGAGACACGACAUUCCGCCGCUGAAGCUGCAACCGACAGAAGUGGCAUCAACACAUUGGGUGCCGAUUCGCAGUCUGCAAGACCCCAGAUCGAGGACGGUGGCGUUCGAGGAUGUGAGCAGUCGGUUGGCCAGCCAAGAAACUGGGGUCAGGAAGUGGAUGCUCAGCAUGAUUCUGGGCAAGAUGGUGUUUGCCGCUAUCUCUCUCCUUCCAACAGAAACGCUACAUUCCGCCGAAACGCCAAUACAAGAAACACAACUUCAAGACAACCGCUUCGCUCACGCAACAUCGUACGACCGCCUUCGAAAAGCCGCUCUGAGAGUAUGGCACGCCGAUAUUUUCAACCAGUUUCCACCCGCACAUCCCCCUGAAGGCCCUCUACUACUCUGGGGCCUCACACUAGGCGUGAUCUCCGACUUCCUCGACAUAAUACCCCCGCACAACGCCCUCACACUCUGGACAUAUCCCAACUUUACCCCUCUCGACGUCCGCUUCGUCGUCUGGCUCAUGACCUACAACUUCAAACUCCGCAAGCGAGUAGAGCUCCAAUCCGGCUCCGAGUUCCUCUCCAACCCCUCUUUCGGGUACGCCUCGGAAUCCGCAGCGCACACUCCGUCUCCCAGCAGUAUCAGCUCUUCCACAGUGCUCGUGGAGCGACCGGACGAAACGGGCUUCCACGGGUUGGGGACGGGGAUUCAUGUUGGGCCGGGGAUGAGGAGUAAGAAAGCCGCGGUCGCGACUAUGCUCGAAGGGUGCGUGGAACGUGUUGCUUCGUGUACGCUGCCGACCAUCACUAAUCGGGCUAGAUAUUAUGAUAUUGUGCGCAAAGCGGUGGGUGUGGCGUUGGUGGGGAGACUGGGCAUGGUUGCAUUGUUGGUGCUACUGGCUUGGAGGAGGCUUGGUAAGAGCGGCAUCAAGAGGUUUUUGGGGCGAUAGAUGUGCAUGGAGUGUCUGUACGAUGGCAUGCUUUCAGGUUUGAGCGUACAGGCUUGUGGAGUUGAAUAGAGAUCUGAUAGAUUUUCAAUUGGUAACCUGUAGACUGCUUACAAGAUGACAUAGCUCUGAUACAUG